GGCGAGUGGAGGACCUACAUCAACUAAGUUUAAGUAGUUAUAAGCCGGCAUAGCGAGUUGUUUUCGGAGGGAUUGGGCCGGUUCACGGGAGGGGUAGCCAGGCUGCGGGUGCGCGAGGGGGCGGUGCCGGUGUUCUGCCGCGCGCGGCCGGUGCCCUACGCGCUGCGCGAGCGGCUCGACGACGAGCUAGAGGGCAUGCUGCGCGCCGGCGUCAUCGAGCCGGUGGAGAGCGCGGACUGGGCGACUCCCCUCGUUCUUGUGCGUAAGGCUGACAAUGGACUCCGUAUCUGUGCCGAUUAUAAAGUAACACUAAAUCCGGUUCUGGUAGUUGAUAGGUUUCCGUUGCCGCGCAUCGAUGAUCUAUUGGUGAGAUUAAACGGUGCUAGAAUUUUCUCAAAAAUCGAUUUAUCGCAGGCCUACAACCAGAUUGAACUCAACGACCCUGAUAACUUAACAGUCAUCAACACACACAAGGGUUUAUAUAAGUACAAAAGAUUAGUAUACGGGUUAUCCUCCAGCCCCGGUAUUUUUCAACGGAUUAUGACAAAUCUUUUUAACGAUAUUCCCAACACAGGGGUAUUUUUAGAUGAUGUAAUCAUCGGAACGUCUAAUAUACAAGAACAUUUAGCAAUUCUAGAAAGAGUGUUACAACGCUUAUUAAAUAAUGGAAUGAGGCUUAAGAAAAGUAAAUGUUCAUUUAUGAUGAGUGAGGUAAAAUAUUUAGGAUACUUAAUAUCGGCAGAUGGAAUAAGAGUCGAUCCCGAGAAAAUUACGGGAAUAAUAAAUAUUCCCCGUCCCAAUAACGUAACGGAUCUGAGGGCAUUCUUAGGUACAAUUAAUUUUUAUGCCAAGUUCAUUAAUAAUUUGAGCGCUACACUCGCCCCACUGUACAACCUGUUAAAAACAGGCGCGGAGUGGCACUGGGAUAGAGAGUGCGAAAAAGCGUUCAAAAACAUUAAGAAUAUUUUAAUUAGCGCAGACGUACUGGCCCACUAUGAUCCGAAUAAACCAUUGUUCUUAACUUGUGACGCAAGCGCUCGUGGUAUAGGCGGCGUGCUCACGCAGUGGGGUGAGGGGGAUAGCAGUAGUGGCGACUCAGGUAGGCGGGAACGGCCCGUAGUGUAUGUAUCCCGCGCACUCACCGCGGCGGAAAAACAUUACUCACAAAUAGAGCGAGAAGCUUUAGCUAUUGUUUACUGUUUCGAAAAAUUGCACCAGUAUCUGUAUGGGAGGUCCUUUACGCUACGCACCGACCAUAAGCCUUUAGUGACAAUUUUCGGUCCCAAACAAGGUAUUCCAUCGAUGACCGCUAGCCGGUUGCAGCGGUGGGCGAUUAAGCUGUCCGCAUAUACCUACACGAUAGAAUUCAUCCCAUCAAAACAGAAUGGAGCGGACGGGUUGUCACGUUGGCCCGCGGCGAGCGCAGUAGACAAACAAACAAGGCAGGUACCGGAGCAAACUUUUUUGCAUUUCGCACAAAACGCUGUUUUAUUAGAUUAUAAUGAAAUUAAAAAACAAACGGGUCGGGACCACUUGUUAGGCAGAAUAAUAAGGUAUAUACGUACGGAGUGGCCAACUGAUUGUGAAAUCAAGACAUUACAACCUUAUUAUAAUCGUAGGCAGGAAUUAUAUGAGGAACUGGGGUGCAUCUUAUGGGGAUAUAGGGUGGUUAUCCCGGAGUCUUGUAGGGAAAAGGUACUUACAGUGUUACAUGAGGCUCAUAUGGGGAUCGUAAAAACCAAAGCUUUUGCGAGAAGCUAUGUGUGGUGGCCAGGGAUGGACGAGGCCAUAGAAGCUAUGUGCCGGGGGUGCGGGGUAUGCGCAGCGGAGGCGGAUAUGCCACCGCGACAUGCGCCGUGUCCUUGGCCAUGGCCGGAUAAGCCUUGGUCACGUAUACACAUGGACUUUUUAGGACCGAUAGCAGGGAAACUUUUCCUCGUCAUAGUAGAUGCCAGAAGUAAGUGGAUUGAGGUUAGCCAAGUGCCAAGUACUGCAGCGGGUUAUACGGUUAAAGUACUUAGUGACGUUUUCGCAAGAUACGGUUUGCCUAAACAAAUCGUCUCUGACAAUGGGCCACCAUAUACGAGUCAGGAAUUUGCACAAUUUUUAAAUAGUAACGGUAUCGAGCACAUUUUUUCAGCGCCAUACCACCCGGCAUCGAAUGGGGCGGCAGAGAAUGCAGUUCGUACUGUUAAAAGGGUAAUUAAAAAAGCCAUAAGAGAGAACAAAGACGUAACAUUAUCGUUAAAUAGUUAUUUACUAUAUUAUAGGAACACGGAACAUUGCACGACGGGCGAAACGCCAGCAGUGUUGAUGGUAGGUCGUAGGCUGCGUACCAAGCUCGAUGCACUCACACCGAGCCGGGAGGACGCGGUUAAAAAGGCACAAAGUCGCCAAAGGGACCAGGGGCCGAAGGGGACACGUCAGCUAGGCAAAGGGGAAGAGGUUUGGUUACGUCAAGGCGGGGGAAGAGAAAGAUGGGUGCCGGGAACAGUAGAGGAAAGGAUAGGUAUUACGGAUUAUAGGAUAGUAGAUGCUUUAGGCAGGGUAACACAUAAACACAUCGAUCAACUAAAGAGACGGAUACGGAGUUCAUUGAUCGGCCCUUCUAUUCCGACACAGCCGAGUGGGCACGAUGAAGCGCCAACCGCGGAGCCUGGAGAACCCAGUCCAAGCAAUAGGUCAAGGGGCGAUUCACCGAGAACCCCUGAGACGCCAGUGACGCCGAUGACGCCCGCGACAGUUUCCGUUUCUCCUAACAGCGGUGGGCAGGUUGAAUUCUUUGAGAGUAGGGAGCACCAGAGCCCGGGUACCUUUCAGGCUUCAACACCUACCCCUGAACCGGUUCAAUCUCGUUGUUUUCGACAAUGUCGAUUAAACAAUCCACCUAAUUAUAAGUUUUGAUUUACUAGUAGUCAUUUAUAAUUUACCUAAGUUUUAGUAAUAAGGAUGGUGUUGGUUUAUAUAAUGGUUAGACAAUAAUGAUAAUAAUCUAAUAUCCUGUAAUAGAUCUAAGUAAGUAAUAAGUUAAUGUAAGUUUAUUUUUUUAGUAACAGUUGUGUCAAAUAAGGGUGGAGAUUAUGUAGUGUAUGAGUGAAGCGCGUGUGCGCGUGCGCGCGAAUUGAGAUACCUAAAUGUAUCAUUGUAGUGUGCUGUGCGGCAGUCACCAAUAAACCUUGAUUCGUGUUA